CUUCUCAUCUAGAAAACCUCUCUCUGCUCUCUCCAUUUCCAUGGACACAGAGGCUCUCCUUCCUCUUCCCACUUCAUAGUUCUUUGUUCACAGAUCACAGAUCACAGAUCACAGUUGAAAUCAAAGCUAAAGCUGAAGCAGAAGGAGAAUUCAAAGCUUUGAAACAUGUCUCCAGCGCCUCGUAGAAGCUUUCCAACGAUCUUGCAGUGUGAUGUGUUGGGGCGAGAGGAUCAAACUAUCGCUGCAGACCUGGACGGGACUUUGUUGGUGUCCAGGAGCUCCUUCCCGUACUUCAUGCUUGUGGCCAUCGAGGCCGGAAGCUUUUUGAGGGGAAUCGUUCUCCUACUCGCUUCCCCUCUCAUCCUCAUCGUUUACAAGCUAGUGUCUGAGGCCCUGGGAAUUCAGCUCCUCAUCUUCAUCUCCUUCUCUGGUUUGAAGUUUCGGGAUAUCGAGCUUGCGUCGAGAGCUGUUCUUCCUAGGUUCUACGCGGGAGACGUGAGAUCGGAGAGCUGGAAUGUGUUCAGUAAGUGUAAGAGGAAGGUGGUGGUUACAGCCAACCCGACUGUGAUGGUGGAUCCGUUCGUAAGGGAUUUCUUGGGAGGAGAUAAGGUGCUUGGGACGGAGAUUGAGGUUAACCCCAAGACUGGGAAGGCUACUGGGUUCGUGAAGAAGCCCGGAGUGUUGGUUGGAGAGCUGAAGAAAUUGGCUCUCUUGAAGGAGUUCGCCGACAAUGAUCUGCCUCAUAUUGGAUUAGGAGAUCGUGAAUCUGACCAUGAUUUCAUGUCCCUCUGCAAGGAAGGAUACAUGGUCCACCAUGACCCAUCAGCGAAACCUGUUCAGCAGGGGCAGUUGAAGAGCCCCAUCGUCUUCCACGACGGGCGUCUGGUUCAGCGACCCACCCCAGGCAACGCACUCAUCACCUUCCUCUGGCUACCGGUGGGAUUUUUCCUCUCCCUCCUCCGUGUAUACAUCAACCUCCCGCUUCCUGAGCGAAUCGUGAGGUAUACCUAUGCCCUCUUGGGCAUCAAGCUUGUGAUCAAAGGCACACCACCGCCGCCGGCGACUGGCCGGGGCACCUCAGGGUCACUGUUCGUGUGUAAUCACCGUAUGGGGCUGGACCCCAUCAUCAUCGCCAUUGCACUGGGACGAAAGGUCUCGUGCGUCACCUAUAGCGUGGGCCGAAUCCAGCGUCUCCAGUCUCCGAUCCCCACGGUGGCCUUGACACGAGACAGAGCUACAGACGCCGCACGCAUCUCGGCGUUACUGGAGAAGGGAGACCUUGUGGUCUGCCCGGAGGGGACGACUUGCAGGGAAUCGUAUCUACUCAGGUUCAGUGCUCUGUUCGCGGAGCUAAGCGAUCGGAUUGUGCCGGUGGCGGUGAAGACGGAGCAGAGCAUGUUCUAUGGGACGACGGUAAGGGGGAUGAAGUUCUGGGACGCUUACUUUUUCUUCAUGAACCCAAGGCCAGUCUACGAGGUCAGGUUCUUGGAUAAGCUUCCGCAGGAGAUGACUUGCAAGGGUGGAGGCAAGUCCGCCAUUGAAGUGGCCAACCACGUUCAGAAGCUGCUGGGUGGGAUACUGGGUUUUCAGUGUACAGCCUUCACCCGCAAGGAUAAGUACAUGGUCUUGGGUGGCAACGAUGGCCGAGUCGAGUCCAUGAACUCAUCUUCUUCUGCUACUACUACUGCUCACAAAGAUUGAGCUGGUUGAUGAUCAUAAGCAUUCUGUAACUGAGGGUCUUUAUCCUGGAAAAAGCAGGCAACGAGAUUUUUAGCAGUGCUUUUGCAUUUUAAGUGUCGCAGGGAUUGGAAUUGAGUCCAUUCUUUUUUUUCUUUUCUUUUUUUGUUUGUUGUGGAGCCUUUGUAGAUACUUGAAUUGGAGGAGUUGGGUCAUUCAGGAGGAGUGGGGUUAUUGAGUGGAAGUAGCGGGGUUUAUUUUGCUAUUUGGUUAUAGAAUAUGAUCAGAUUUGGUGUUA